CCAAGACGGCGUCGUUUUAUUUCCCUAAGCCCAAGUACCGCUCCUUUGGGUAUUAUAUAUGGUCUGUGCGUUGAUCGUCUCAUUCUCAGUCCUAUGCUCUCAGGCUUACUCUGCGGCUCCAUCGUCUCCUCUCUUUCGAGGCCUUUGUCUUCUCGGGGUUCAGAUGUCUUUUGAUCUCCACAAGAGAAAUUGCUCUGCGACAAGCAAUUUUUGGUGGAUAAUGAACCGAAGGCUCUGGUGCUCGCUGAAGAUAUUGUUUAGACAUUGGACUUGAUUUUUGAGCCUUUUACCGUUACUUUUACUUCAUUCGUUUUUUUGAGCAACUAUUAUUUCUUACUUCUCGUGAGAAAAAAUCAAUAGAGAUUACUGGGUUCUGCAGCGAUUGUGACAUACAAAUGGGUAAAUCAUUUUUGGCACCGGGGUUCCGGUUCCAUCCCACGGAUGUAGAACUGGUCAAAUACUAUUUAAAGAGAAAAGUAUUAGGAAAGAAGUUACAAGUCGAAGCGAUUGCGGAAAUUGAUAUUUACAAGCACACUCCAUGGGAUCUUCCAGAUAAAUCUUGCUUGCCAAGUAAGGAUCUAAAGUAUUUCUUUUUUUGUCCACGAGUGAAAAAAUAUGCUAGUGGAGGAAGAAUGAACCGGGCCGCUGAAGGUGGCUAUUGGAAAACUACUGGAAAGGAUAGGGAUGUCAAACACAAUAGUGAAGUUGUGGGAGCUAUUAAGACUUUGGUUUUCCACACUGGUCGAGCUCCAAAAGGGAAUAGGACAGAUUGGGUAAUGCACGAGUACACCCUGAUGGAGCAUGGUCUGGCAAAAUUAGAUGUCGUUCAGGAUUCAUAUGUGCUGUGUGUGGUUUUCAAGAAAGAGGGUCCAGGACCAAAAAAUGGUGCCCAAUAUGGUGCACCAUUUGUUGAAGAAGACUGGACUGAUGAUGAAAAAGACAGCUGUUUGGAAGUGGACGUGCAAAAUGUUCUGCCAACUAGAGAACAUACUGCUAGUAGCUCCCAUGCUCCUGAGAGCAUUUGCAUUGAAGGUGCUGAAUCAUGUCUGAUACCAUCUACUUAUGUGGUUCAUCAAUCCUUUUCUGAAGAUGAUGUUAGCCAUCGUAACCAGUUUGUAGCUAGUUGCUCACAUGCCCUUGAAAGUCAGGACUUUGGAUCUUCGUCGGACCUUGGUGUAUGCAUGGCACCACCCGUUCGUGAUGCACCACCAUUAGUUUGUGGUAGCGAUGUUCUGUCUGAGAAUCCCCCUGUUACGAACAAUGAUGACAUUAUGUUAUUAUUGGAUAGCUUUUUUGUGGAAGGAGACCCUACUGAAGUAAAUGAAAAUCACACCAUUAAGGAUACUACUGAUCCUGUCCAUGAUAAUGCGGCUCAGCAUGCUUCUUGUCCUGUUGAUGCAAAUGAUAUCUUCAGAGGUUUGGGUGAUUUGGGCAACCUGUAUAGUCCAAACUGGGCGGAAGAUGAUUUAUCUGGUUCCCAUACUCUAGAGCAGUUUACUCCUGGUGACAAUGGCCCUUCUUAUCUGGAACUGAGGGAUCUUGAAGCUCCAUUGACUCGUUCCAAUACAUCAUCUUUGUGGGAUCACGAUAUGGGGAAUUACCAAUUCGAUUGUAGUACUGCCAUACAGAAUACAGAUUACUCACAGCAAUAUCUGCUCACUGAAAUAAAUUAUCAGUUAGAGGAGCUUAAUACCAUUCAUGGGUCUGAAAAUCAUCAGACCCCCAAGUGAACUUCGUCUUUAUAUCAUUAUUUUUCCACAGAUUUACCAAUGAUUAUCUUUUUGAUAAUUAUUAUUCUCAUAAACAAAAUGUUUACCUUUUAUUUUAUUUUCGGGAUAGACUUUUGUUUAAUUUUUUUUUAACAGGGUGAAUUCAAAUUUUCCUA